CUUCAGAGCGGGAAGCGGCGAAGCGGCGCGCGAGAGCGAGAGAGACCGAGAGAGAGCGCGAGAGCGAGUACUUUGAAUUAUCGUCUUCAUCCGAUCCGGACGCUUCGUGACUUUACAGAAUGAUGCUGCAGCACUCGGGCCCCUCGCUGGCGGACAUCAGCUGCUCCGCCCUGGUGCCCUGCCUCUCGCCGCCCGGCACGCUCACCCUGGACGACUUCACCAACUUCACGCCCGUGGUGAAGGAGGAGCUGCGGCUGGCCAUCCAGACCAAGCGGCUGUGCAACGGCCAGAGCGCCGACCUGAGCUCCGACGGCGCCAGCUCCAGCUGCGAGCGGCCCGCCUCGGGGUCGGGGGUCAAGCGGGAGCUGACGACUGAGGAACAUGAAAGGAGGAAGAGGAGGAGGGAGAGGAACAAAAUCGCUGCUGCAAAGUGUCGCAACAAGAAGAAGGAGAAGACGGAGUCGCUGCAGAAGGAGUCGGAGAAGCUGGAGAGCGUGAACGCCGACCUGAAGGCUCAGAUCGAGGAGCUGAAGCAGCAGAAGCAGCAGCUGGUCUACAUGCUCAACCUGCACCGGCCCACCUGCAUCGUCCGGGCGCAGAACGGCCAGACGCCCGAGGACGAGCGCAACCUCUUCAUCCAGCACAUCAAGGAGAGCGCCCUGCAGCUGCAGGGCCUCACCGCCGCCGCCGCCGCCACGGCGCCGCCGGACACGGGACUCCUGACGCUGGACCACGUCCACUGUCCCGGUCACCUAUGAGUCCCUCAGACUUGACAUUGGCCCCGCUUUCGCCGUCGAUGUAGCACAGACUGUCUGGAGGGUCGGAGGAGCCGCGGCGCCGACCCCCGACCCCAGAACGACCUCCUCUCUCGCCCCCCAAGCUGCUAGAAAGAAAGAGAGAGAGAGACGUAAGCCGGUGCCUCGCCCGCCGGGGACCGCCGUCACACACGCGUUGUGGUCGAAGGCCCAGAAGACUCAGCUGGUUCAUGUUCAGCUCCGCGGCUUCAGGUGGAAACGCACAUCCCUGCUCGUGUUUCCAUGACAACGGAGCUCGAGAAACGUAGCCUUUUGAAAACAAUUCCAAAGCUGGAAUUUUUCAAAAGCGCUUCGGCUCCGUUGUCAUGCAAACGGGCAAAAACGGGCAAAAACGAAAGUUUUUUGAAAAUUCUUCAAAACCAUCUCUGUAGAAAUUACUUUUUGAAAAAACCAAUUUGAGUCCGUUUCCAUGGAAACAGACAACAUUUCCAAAAUGUUUUCAUGUAGAUGAAAAACUUUUCUGAAGUUGCAAAAAGCGAUGUGUUUUCACUGGAAGCGCGGCGUGAACGGGCCUAAAUCUACCGGUCUCUGGGUUCAGUUUCUGUAUUUGAACCAAAGCGAUUUCCAGGUGAUCGAGGCACGUAUUGAUUCACACCUCCACCCACUGGAAGGACAUGGACGCUGCGCUUUACCCUCGAGGGGGUGACGAACGGUUGACUCUAAAGAGACGUUUGUGCUCGCGUCCACAACAAAGCCUAUUUAUUACACGACUACUGUACGAUAGCUGUACCCGCCCUGUCUGCUCGCUCACUAUACAACGAGAAACUACUCAAUCUGCUGCUGCUACUAACAACUCAGGACGUUACACAGGCUGGAGGUUUCACUGGGGUUGGCUUAAUUUCUCGAGUACAGGUCGGGUCGUUGCGUUUGGUAAGGCGAGCUGCAGACAGGGCUCGCCGCUCUGCACUCAGUGGGGAAAAGCCUCAUUAAAAGUUCAACCUAUGCCGAUGAUAUGUUCUUCUUUUUGUUUGUUUGUUUUUUUUAUUGACAAAUCUAAAAUUUGCUGGAAGCAAAGAUGUCCCCAGAAAAUGUAUUGUUUCACAUGCACACUUUAUUUAUCACUGCGUUCCCUCUUAAAGUCAGCGGAUCGAGUGUUUUUGUGGAUUUUUUUUUUAAAAAGACAUCCUCUGUGACGAUGAAGCUACGUGAGUGUGAUUUUCCAGACGUGUUGUUUUCUACCUAAAAAUCGUGUAUAUUAUCGCAUUAACUCGUGCUGCUGUAUGUAAACACCAGAUGCCUCCUUUGGUUUGAUGGAGCAAAACUAAACAAAACAUGUAUUUUUUAAAAAAAUGUAUUUAUUGCUAACGUGGUUUGAAUGUUGUCGUCACUGGAUAUCUUUAGCUAGAUAUCGGAAACGCCGCUUGCUGAUCAUCCGAAGUUUACCCAGGUUUAUUGAGGGGUCGGAGCCUCAGGGUGAAAAACACCUUUGAAUCGACUUGUUCUGACUGAUCUGCUAUCCAGGCGUAGCGCCACUGCCAAAUAUCCUCUUUCUCUGAAUAAAUGGAACAGGUCUGGUAACGAUGCAUUCGAUACGGAGACGCCUGAACCGGAGCGUUAGCAUUAGCUCCAGAUGUGGACUGAAAGGGGAGGUUUGAACUCUGAGAGUCGCACGGCUGGAAGGACGCGGGCGUCUGCGUGUGAUCGCAGUGUGUGUGUGUUUUUUUGUUUUGUGGUAGCACAGAGUUUGAUUCUGUGUUCUCCACUGUGCCUAUUUCUAUGACUACUGGAGUUUUUUUUUUUGUUGUUUGUCUUUAGCUGUAGCUGCACUGCGUAAUAAACUGUUGGAUGUCAGGUACGACUGCACUGCUUUACUCUGUGCUUCCAUCUCUGUGGUCUGUAAAAGUUUUGUUUUUGAUACUUUGGUAAUUAAAAAGCUGUA